GGACCAACGCAAACGUGCGUGUUUUGAUGAUUUUUUAUGAUAGCCGCCGUCUUGGUUCUCUUUGGACGGAAUCCGCGGUGGAAGUAGGGAGUACCUAGGUAUAUUUCAAGAGUUGUUGCUGAGUAUGGUCUGAGCGGAUUGGCCACUCUGCGAGAGAUGGGGAAGACGAGGACGAAGCGAGCGCGUGCUGCGCGCGCUGACCCCACCGGCCGUCAGGAGACCGGUGACGGCGCGGACGGAGAGGGGGGCGGCGACGCGCCCCGCGGCGACAGCAUUGCCAACAUCGUGGACCAGCUGAAGUCUGCCGCCAGCGAGGAGCGUCUGAGCGGCUGCGUCACCUUCUCCCAGCUGGUGUCCCGCCGGCUGACGGUGGACGUCCUCAGACAGCACCGGCUGGUGCGGCUCGUCGGACCGCUGCUCGUCGACCCGUGCGUCGAUGUGCGCCAGGCGGCCGCCGGCGCACUCAGGAACCUUAGUUUGACGGGUGAUAAGGAGGGAUGUGACCUUAUGCUGGAGCAGGACAUCCUCACAUCGCUCCUAACGGCUUUCGGCAAGUUUUCCGAUGGCUGGGAGCCACAACGCAAGAUAGAAAAGGGACAAGUGCUGUUAGACGCAGAAUCAGAUAUAUUCGUGCAAAUCACGAACCUGUUGUGGAACCUUUGCGAGUCGAAUGAGAAGGCGGUGGCUGCCGUCAACAAGAGUGGCGUGGUGCGCAUCAUGCUGAAAUGUCUGGACCUCGCCGUCUACCCCAGCGAGGUGGUCGUCGCCGUCGGUCAGUGUCUGCACGCGCUCUCUGAGGAGAACGAGGUGGUGGCCGAGGUGGCGCGCGAACAGGCGGCGCUGCUGCGCGCGCUGGCCGCCGCGGAGGGCGACUCCAGCGACCGGCUGCUGCUCAAACUGCUGGCCACCGGUAUUCUGUUGAACGUUAUGGGUGAUGACAGUGACCUGAAGACGGGUCAGGUGGUGAGCCAGGUGUCCCGCGCGCUCACCCCCGACGCCAGAGAGCUCGCCUGCAAGGUCACCUCCAACGCAGAGGCAGAGGAUUAUGAGCUGCAGCUGACAGAUCUUUCGCUGCUGCUGACGGCCCAGCAGGUGGCGCUCGAGAUCCUCACCGACCUCUGCAGCGGAGACGACUCGUCAGACGGCUGGGCGGACCAGGAGGACUCUGAGGAGCCGGAUGAGGACGCUGAGGAGGACGACUGCGACCCGAUGGAGGACUCCCAGUGGCGGGACGACCCAUACGGAGCGGCACUCUCCACAGAGCUGCAGGAGGCCAUGGCCGGGGAGGGUCUGCUGAAGAAGAUCGUGGCCAAAGCCGCCUGUCCGCCGGCCAACGUGACGGACAUCCUGGCCUCCUCGCCGUCCGGACAGACCAUCUGCCGACGGUUCGAGACGCUGCGGUGCCGCGUCUUCCUGUGCCUCAAUAACCUGGUGUCGGCGCUGGAGCUGUCGGAGCUCGGCGGUCCCGGCGAGCUGACACAGCUCUGGCACCAGAUCGGACAGCUCGUCUUCACAGACGGAAACGAGUGCAGUGGCGAGGUUCUGGAGUCGGCCGCCGCGGCGAUGCGCGCCGCGCUCCAGAAGCUGCUGGACGCCGGCCAGCCGGGUCCCUCUGAGCUGAGCGCGGCCGACCUGCAGCCGAUGGCCGCGCGGCUGGCCGCCUGUAAGGACGCGGCGGCGCGCGCCGGACUGCUGCGCGGCGUGGCCCUGCUCGGCUGUCUGAGGGUGCGCGGCCAGGAGCGGCUGGGGCCGGCCGACACGGAGCUCGUACAGGGCGUGGGCCAGCUGCUGUUGGAGCUGGCCGCCGCCGACCCCGAGCUGCAGGUAGUGGCCGAGGCUCUGGACGCGCUGAUGGACCUGUUCGGUGAGGACUGCACGGACGGCGCGGCGGCGCAUAUCCAGCUGGUCGGUCGACUCCGCACCAUGCAGCCGGGGAUCAAGGCCAAGAUGUCUCUGCAGCGGCGCCGGCUGGGCCAGCACUACCCCCUGGUGGCCACCGUCAGAACUAACCUGCCAAGGUUCAUCAAAUACAAGUCUGCGCGCUGUGCAGCUGUCAGUAAUGGACACUAGAUGACGUCAGUGACACGUGACAGGCUGUCACUGGUCACGUUGCUGCCACAGUUGAUAGGUGUUCCAGCUGCCAAACGGGGCCGGUUUGGAUGGGAAGGGAUAUGGAUAAACAGACUGCCAACAGACACGCGGUCAUCCCGCCCGUGCUCUAUACCGGUGUGUACGUUUGCUCGUACAUAUGUUUGUAUCUGCGUCUGCGGGUGUGCUGGCAUGUGCGUUUUUGUAUGUCGUGUGCUAUCUUGAUGAAGUGACGCAUUUGUGAAGCUGUUUUGUCGUGCAGUGCCUCGCGUUUUGUGUGAAGGUUACUUGUUACGUCGCGGGGAAGCGGGGUGACGGUUGUGCAUAUUGACUCGGUGCUCUGGAGAACCGGAUCAGACCGGUUGACACCGGUGUGCCGGCUUUUUGACCUGAGAACGCUGCGGGUGACCUGAGGUGACCUGGGUUGAUCUGAGGUGACCUGCAUUGACCUGUGACGAUCACUGACCUAUUCUCGGGUAGGCAGGGUGCGUGCUUAACGCUGCCGCCACUCUCAGAAAGCGAUUUACCCGAUUUUUAUAUGGUAUCGCGGCAGGUGUCAAGAAUACACGACUGGACACUG